AUGGUGGCCUUGCCAGAUAUUCUCUCGGAAGCCAGCUACCUCCGCCUAGGAGUACCCUGCUCAUUUGUUGACGAAUCUCCCCGCCAAGGCGGCUCCCACGCCGUAUUCAAAAUUGUCUUUGAGGACUCUGUCGAAUGGGCUGCUCGGGUCGCUCACGAUCCCAAUAACUGGAAAAACGAAAUACGCGCAGUGAAAACCUUCCAGUGUCUGAAACAACAAUGUACAGCAAUCAGAGCACCGACCCUAUUGUACAGCUCAAAAAACCCAGUCCUAUAUUCAGAAUGGGUCAACGGCACGCCACUAGCUAUCUGGAAUCUUCAGGUUCCUCAGGUUCAGCGCGAAACACUCUUGGAUGGAAUGGCCGAUUUUCUGCUCCAAGUAUGGACUGCACGGGCUCCUCCUGACCUUACUGUAGCGCAACCAUCCCUAUACUCGCACUGGCUCACAGAGAGCCUAGAUCGAGGUCUCCGCCGAACCUUGAAUGGAACUGCAAAAUGGGGUGAUGCUGUUAACUAUCUCAUCAUGCGGUCUAUGAUUCCGCGAUAUGCUAUUCAGUUUGAUCAAUGUACUGGUAUUGGGUUUGCCCACGGGGACUUGCAUGCACAUAAUAUCAUGAAGAGUGAUACCUUCCGCUUGACUGGGGUCAUCGAUUGGGAUUGGAUGUAUAUGGCUCCGCUACCGGCUACCAUGCACCACCCGUGGUUCAUAGCUGAUAUCCCCGGAUGGAACAACGACUGUGUACCAGUGGGAGAAACAUUCGGCGAGGAUCGUGCAUAUCGUGAGGCUGCUAUCCAGAGACUAGAGCGUUCUCGGGGUCUACCUCAUACGGUGUCGGCAUUACUCAGAGGCUCGGGAGAGCGACUGUUUUUCCAAUCUGCCUUUCACUUUCAGGGGAUACAUGAAAGAUUUGUCGAGGCUAACUGUCAUUGGACUGAGAGCCAUCUGAAAGCUGCAAGGUCUGAACUUGAUACGGUCCUUCAUCUAUAUCCCGAGCUAGGUGGGAAAAGCGGUGCACAGAGAGUCAAAAGGUGGCUUGAGAACGAACUACAAAAGGGGGAAAUAGUCUCGAUGGAUAUCACUUCAUGA